AUAUCUCCAUAUAUCCAGAGGAUGUAUAUAUAUGUGAUGAUAAUAUAGGUAUACGUCAUAUCACAUUCUCUGUGAGUUAUAACUAAAAAUCUUUUUCUUUGAAACAACAAAUGUUUCAGGACCUUUAUUUUACUUAUUAUUUGAUACUUAACACACUCAUUCAUUCAUUCAUUUUCUACCGCUUAUCCUCUAGUAGGGUCGCGGGAGAGGCGGGGUACACCCUGGACAGGUCGCCAGUCCAUCGCAGGGCAAACACAUAGAGACAGACAACCAUUCACACUCUCAAUUUAGAUUCUCCAAUUAGCCUAGUCCCCAGUUUGCAUGUCUCUGGGAGGAACCCGGAGAACCCGGAGAGAACCCACACUGGCAGGGGGAGAACAUGCAAACUCCACACAGAAAGAUCCCGUGUCCGAGCCGGGACUCGAACCCGGCACCCUCUUGCUGUGAGGCGACAGCGCUAACCACUGCACCACCGCGCCUACUUAACACAUAAUAACGAUAAUUAUGAGUGUUUUUAUUUUUUAAUGAUCUAAUAUAAACUUACACCAGGUUUAUUAUUUUCUUAAAAAAAAAAAUUAGAUUCUGAGCUCUGAAUAUAAUCUGAGUGUAUUUAUCUGUGUUCUUCUUUAUUUAUUUAUUAUCACCAAUUAUAAGAAUCUGUCGUUUCUCAUGUUGUUGAACCUUAUUUCAGCCAUCGAACAAAACACCCAGAGACUUCUGGACCAGGGAACAUGGUUCUGGUUUUAGGACUGAGUCCUGCUGCCCUCACACUCCAUUAUUCAUGUUUGCUGGAUCAGGACUCUGCUGGACCAGGACUCUGCAGGACCAGGUCUCUGCUGGAUCAGGACUCUGCUGGAUCAAGACUCUGCUGGACCAGGACUCUGCAGGACCAGGUCUCUGCUGGAUCAGGACUCUGCUGGAUCAAGACUCUGCUGGACCAGGACUCUGCAGGACCAGGUGUCUGCUGGAUCAGGACUCUGCUGGACCAAGACUCUGCAGGUCCAGGACUCUCCAGCAUCAGGACUCUGCUGGACCAGAACAGCUCUGAACACACACACACGCACGCAAACACACACACGCACGCAAACACACACACACGCACACACAGUAGAGGUGUAGUGUAACCGAGUGUAACACUGUCCCUGUGCAGUUCACACUCCCACCAGCGGGGACGCUGCGACGACGGAAAUGACGUAUGAAUCGUUCUCAUGAAAUCGUCCAAUCAGAGCACGCGCAUAAAAUUUAAACCGCGCAGCUCUGACGGCGGCUCCGUUUGAACCCGUAUAAACAUUUGUCAACUACAAGACUGAGUGCUGAGCUCUGAUUGGUCCGUUCCGUCCAGGUGCAGUCAUGGCAGAGGGGUCAGUGAUGCAGGUGGGACCGUCCGUGGACUCACACACAGCCGAUCAGAGUGGGACACACCUGAGCGGAAGGAUGGGGCUUCAGGAGGAGGGCGGAGCCAGCCAGUGGAGUGCGUACUGCAACAAGCUGCUGAUGAGAGGAGGAGAGGAGUUCAGCUUCGAGGAGCUCCGAGCCCAGAGAUACUUUCAGCAGAGGCAGGGGGAGAUGGACGAGAGACUGAAACAUCUGAGGGAGGUGAAGGAGCAGCUGAGUGUCGAGCUGGAGGAGAAGAUGAGACUGUUACUGCUGAGGACCUCACAACAACAGGUGCUUCCUGAAGCCCAACCCUCUCAGAGCAGAGACUCAGGUCCAGCCGCAGCCCCCUCCUUCCAGAUCUAUGAUGAGUCCCUGUCUGCUGCUGCACGGCCUGCUGGGACGUCUGAGCUGCAGGACGACGUCUUCCUCCGUCCUGACGAGAAAGGACUGUGUCUGAAGGUCCACUGUCCCCGACCAGAUGAUCACAGAGGGACGCCUGAAGACCUCCAGACUCUGGACUCCUGUCCCCGCUCCGUCCCUCAGAAACCAGUCUCCAAAGUCACAAAGAACCUGAGUCCCAUACAGGAGACCAGUGUGGAGGCCAACUCCCUGACCUCAGUGGACCAGGACCAGGACCAGGACCAGGACGCUCCAUCACCUGGACCUGUUGGAGGCGCCUUGGAUCCCUGUGACCCGGACGUUCGGCGGCGGCUGUUGGACCGCUGUGAUGUCACUUCCUCUCCUGGUUUUCACUCUGAAUCCCGGCCCCUCCCUCCUGUGUGCGGCUGUCUGCAGCUUGAUGGUGAAGUGUAUCGUAUCUACUCCAGAGUGGUGGAUGGAGGGACUUUCUCCAUCUAUAGUGGAGCUACAGAAGAAGACUGUGUGUUAAUCAAGGUGGACAGCUGCUGCGUUCCCUGGGAUUUUCAUCAGUUUAAUCGCCUGAAGAAGAGCUCGGCCGCCGCCAGCCUCCCUCAGAUCAGCUGUUUCCUGUUCCUGGACGGAUGCAUCACUGUCUACACAUGUCCACCUGAUCACAUUUUCACCGAGCUCACAGAGUGUGUAUCCAGUGAUGACUCAGUGUGUCAUACAGCUGUUGUUCUGCUGCAGCUGGUGUCUCAGCUUCACUCCUGCAGAGUGCUCCAUGCAGCGCUGCAGCCGAGACUCCUCACCUGUUCUCACAGAGGUCUGAUGUGUCCUGACUGGGUCUUCCCGUUGGACUGGUCUUCCUCUGUGGACCUGGACCUCCAGGACGUCACGUCGGUCCAGCAGCUGCCGUCAGCUCACACUUACAUCAGUAUGGGUCUCCUGGAGCCGACCGCCCCCCCACAGCUGGUGGACCUAGUGGGCCUGGCUGAAACUGUCCACCUCCUCCUGACCAACAGCAGGAUGGUCCUGGUGAAAGACGACGGCGGCUGGAUGGUGGAGCGGUUCAGUGGAGACGAUACCUGCGACAUGUUCUCCAGGAUGUGGAAGAUGUUUUUCCGGUCACUGCUGAACGCCGGCGGUCGCUCCUCGUUGUCCGUCCUGUCGGAGCUGAAGGAGCAGCUGUCAACACUUCACCACUGAAACAUCAGCUGUUCAUUGUGUCUGCUGUUGAUCUUUAUAUCUGUGUUUAUAUCUGUUAUAUCUAUAUCUGUGUUUCAUGUCUAACUAAAUAAAAAAGUUGUUUUAUAGUA